AGCAUUUCUCUCUGACUACUUUUCUGGUUUGUUCUUUGCGCACUCCCUCUCUCCAAAAGCAUGCCAUCUUCGCUUCUCUACCUUUAAAAACAACCUCUCACCCCCACCUUAUAAAUCUUUCCUUCUCUCUCACUCCCCUCUCGGCCCUCUCUCCAAGUUAGCAAGCUAGCGGGCUUUUUCCCCAGAUAUUUUCAUGGCCACUUCAUUUCAUCCCUGGAAUUCCUCCAACGGGAGCCAGGGAGGAGGUGACGAUCGUGAAAACAGGACCCUGGAAGAGAGGGAGACGAAGCCCGAGACUGUGACUAAAAGAGGAAGAAAGAGCAAAAACGGUCCGCCACAAAAGAAAACGCCUCAGAGAGGAUUGGGUGUGGCUCAGCUGGAGAGACUAAGGUUGCAGGAGAGGUGGAAGAAGAUGACGGAGAUGGAUCCGCUUCUAUGCCAUAACCUCCAAGAUCAGGUCCAUUUUCCUUUCUCUUUCCCGCUAGUCAAUCACCAGACUGGGAUUGCGGUCCCAUUGUCUGGACUUGCUCCGGCCAACUAUGCAGCAGUAUCAUCACAAAGCAAUGGCCAAUCCACCUCGCAGUCCUUGAUUCAUAAGCCGCACAGUAUCGCCAACAGCGGGUUUUCGGGAGUUCCUGCUGUCUCCGUGGGGGGUUUGCGACUACCGACGUAUUAUUCCGAUCAAUUUCAGGCGGACCGGUCAAGGAUCGACGGUCAAAAAGUGAGAUUCCAGAACGGGCAUCCAUUGGAGACGGGGAAAGAGCUCUCUUCAAUUCAAACUCAAAGGAUGCAUGGUUUGUCUGACCAGUCUGCCAUGUGGGAUAAGAAACGCUUUAAUGGCGAGAAUUUAGGGCAUGGCGAAGGGCCAGGGAGAUACUCGUGGGCAAUGCCGACCAACGGCAACGAUUUUCUAGCAUUGAAUCUCGGAUGGAACAGAGAUCUGGGAUUCGGUAUGGGAGCAAGACACAGUGGAUCUAACGUCGUCCAUGAGGAAGUGGAAGUGGUAGCAAUUCACAGAAAGGGGAAGUCGGUGGCGGGGGACGUGAUAAUGGAGUACGAUUUCUUCCCGUGUGUGGCAAUGGACAGAAACAACGGUGGCUCUUCUUCGACGUCCCAAACUGAGGCGUCGUCGUCGUCUGAGGCGUCAGCAGUGGUAACAGCAACAGCAGGAGCGGUGGGUGAAGCUUCUAGGAGUGCAGCUAAUUUUCUUGAUUUGUCACUGAAGCUUUCCUGUUAGGAGCAUAAAGCCAGUUUAAAUGCUUUCCAUUUUCUUUUGCUUUUGUUUUUUUAUUUAUGUAUGCAAUGCAACUGAAGCUCACCCCAAAGUACAGCUUUUGGUCUUGCUGUUUUUGUGAAAUGAACAUGGAAAUA